UCCGCGACUUUGGCCGUACACGCGACCCGCACUAAAUCAUUUGUUCGACGGGGGUGGUAGUCGAGAGUUGAGAUUCGGUGGGGUGCACAUAAUAGACAUAUCGGACAUGUCCUCCGCGAACGAGCACAUGUUGCCACCGCCCCAGAAGCACAAACUGUCGCCGCUGGAGCUGCGCAACACGGACCUGGUGUCGAGGUUGCUCGCGGCCACGCCCCCCUACCUCUACAACAUGUCACUCCUCCCCAACACCUACUUCUUCAGCGAAAUGCUGAGGUCGUUCGUGCAGGCGAAAAACGAGCAGAGCCUGCAGCGGAAUGCGAUGAACUUCCAGCCGCCGCUGAGGCGGUCGCGGAAGCGGGCAUGGCCGGCGUGCGUGCGGGAGACCGCCCCUACCGUCGCCGCCGCCGCCGCGACGGACGGCAAACGUAUGGAUAACCCGGAGCCGUGGAUGAUCAAGAGCAACCGGAAAAAUGAAGAAAAUCCGCUGGAGCUUACCCACAAAAUGGAGGAGGAGGCGAAGCCGAAAACGGAAGGAUUGGAGGAACACCAUCAACAACAAUUUGUAGGUGCGCAGGAGCAUUCGCCGAACUUGGUGUUGCCGCCUCCGCCGCCCAUGUGGUACCCGCCGCUCUACCCCAACCCACCGUACGGUAUAGAUCCGUUGCACUUCUUCAUAGAUCUCAGGGUCUCCGGUCACAUUUACGACAGGCAGAACAACAAUCAUCAACCGCCGAAAGAGGGAGGAGAAAAUUCCGACACUGGCCCGUCGACUUCUGUCGGACCGACAAACAACCAGGAGAUGAGAGAGGAUGUCAAGUCCGAGGACAGCAAAGACCUUUUCAAGCAGACUAGGCAAUGUUCGGCGUUCACGGUACCAGUACCAGGUAAGACCAAGCAGCCGAAGAAAUUCGACGUCAAGUCGAUGGGGUUAGACAAGGCCCGGAACAAGGCCGGCACGAACUAUAUCAUGGGUAACAUCGCUUCUAUAUACAAGAGUCUAGGGACGUCCAAGGGGACCGCAGACAACGACGCCGAGAAGAAGGUUAAAGAUUUACGAACGCUAAUCGGAUUGGAGCUCGUGGUGGAUUACAUGAGCCACAAGAAGCCGAUCGAUGAUGUGUCCAAUCAGGAGUCGAACGACGAGACCCUGUCUUCGGAUAUAGAGUCGGUGGGUAGUCCCACCCUCGAGGUAGUCGCCCUCCAGUAGGCGAGGUGAUUGUUGCAAUAAUAUAAUUCGUUGUGUUAAAACAAUGUUACGCGAUCUAGUCAGUGGGGAAGUAGUGCUUAAUAUCAAAAUUUCAAUUGUACAAAAUAAAGUGAGAGGA